AUGCCGAAGAGGGCAGCUCAACAAGAGGGCAGCAGCCGAAAGCGUCUUCGGAAAGAACAUAUGAAACAAGCCGAAAAUCCUACCCACGAUGCAUCUGCAGGAGGAGAGGCCUCGACUGCUAACACAGGCGGUGAACAUGUUCGCGCUGAGCCCCCUGCAUGGGCCGAUUAUCGUACGAAUCUCUGCGACGCUCUUGGCUGGUUCCGUUCGGUUCAAGGGGGCUCGUACCAGUCAAACAAGCUAUGUUUCGGCUUUCUCCUUGACAAAGAUAGUGGACCUCGAGCAUACAUUGAUGAUGAAAUUGUGAUCUCGCGAGUAGGAGGCGGCUGCGCUUUGGAGCCAAACGGGGCUCUGAUCCAACAGAAAGAUCAAGAUGAGGCCUCACGGUCAGUCAGAUCACUUUUAGAAAGCAAGAAAUCCGGGCUUGCUGUUGGUCUCGUCAUCGGCAGCAAGAAUCAAACCAUUAUGAGGCAAUUGCCGCACAGAUACAAUGUCAUGGCCUGGUUCCGCGUUGUCGAUGUCUGGUUUGAAAAGAUCGAUGGAAAGACCGGGGCUCGUGUUCGUUUUCAGAAACUCGACCUAGAACAGCCUAGUUGGUGGGCUAUCAAAGGAUCGAAAGAUCCACUGCCUCUAAGCCAAAGGACAUUCCUUAAACCACAAAGUCAAAUCUGCGGCAAAUGCUCGUCUUCGAGCAGUUUAAUCUAUGAACAAGGAUGGAUGUGUCUGCAACCAAAAUGUCCUGCAUUUUGGCAAAUGAAUGGUGGCUGUGUUCCUAAAAAUCUUACGUAUGAUACAAGAUUCUUAAGCUCUCGCGAGCCGCUCGAUGACCAGAUUCAGCCUGAAUUCAGUCUUGUCCCAGAUCUCUUGACGGAUCUAUCCGAAAACUCAGAUGCGUGGACACAGAGGGUUGCCUGGAGAGGUGUUGUCUGCCCAGAAUGUCACAAGUGUAUCUCUAGAAGAUACUGGAAUGGGUGGAUAUGCCAUGAUCCACUAGACGGAAAAUGCGUAUAUCCAGUGACUUGCCAAUGGAAGAUGAUAAUGGACAUGCCCGCCAUUUCCCUUCGAUCAGUCCUAACAGGCCUUGAGCUCGGGGUCACCAAGAGAGCCAUUCGCACAGAUAAUCAGUUCAUACAACCAGUAUCUCACUUCUCAAAACCAUACCAAAGGUUCACGUAUACCAUCGAGAAUGUUGGCAAUAUUGUUCACUUUAGUGCCAACAAAUCGACUCUCGGUAAACCCAACGGCCCUAAUGAUUUAUUCGAACGCCUUCAGAAGGUCGACCUAGGUCUUCGUCGAUAUCCCCUUCAACAAUGUGCCGUGGAGGGAACUUUGACUUCGCAUUAUGCAGUCAACUUUGCUAACUCUUACCAUAAGGGAAUGCCAUAUAAGUAUGUUGUGUCAGUCGACUCCAAAGGGUUCGAUCAAGCUCCAGUCGAGAUAAUGUAUGCUCUUGGUCGCCUCAGUUGGGCAACCAAGCAAGCUGUUGGCGAGGAAGCCGUUGCUCCCAAUGAACUGCUGGCUCUUGGCUACUUCGAUAAGAUGUCAAUCGGCUUCCAUGAUGAUGGUGAAUCAUCUCUCGGGCCGACAAUCGCGACCUUGUCCCUUGGUUCCAAAGCAACAAUGAAGAUUCGUUUGAAAGAUCAGUAUUUUCGUGGCUGUCGCUUACGCGCAAAUGCUCCCCUCGCAGAUGAUACUGUUCUUCCAGGUUGCGACAAGUUCAGUGAGCGCAGGAAACUGAAAGAGCAGCACGAGCAUGGCAAGCUCACGCACAGUGAGUAUGCCAAAUGUCGGAUGGAAUUGGCCAAGACUGUCGCAAGACGAGAGGCAGACAGUUUAAUUACUUUGGACCUGCACCACGGAGACAUGGUAGUAAUGCAUGGAGCACUGCUGCAGAACUACUACGAGCACUCCGUUUCCUCCGAAGGCAAGCUGCGAUUUGCCUUGACCUCGCGAUAUAUAAAGCCCGAGGAAGUCGAGCAAAAAGAGCAUGCGAAGGGUCAGUUCGUACUGACACCAGAUCAAGUGUAUGAUGGGGAAUGA